GCGUGAUGCGUACAAUGGAAUAUACGACUGAAUAAAAGUGCAAUGGUCAUUUGCCAAUAUCUCCGCCUCCCGACAUCGGGCCCGGCCGGUUAUCGUCUGUCGCCCGAGAUACGCAGGGACAGUACAGUCCUACUUCCAGACCAUACAAGAUAAAACCCAACCAUCACUCGCCAUUCCUUUCACAUUGAGCGAGUGCAAUCCCUGCUCAAGAGGUCUCAGUAUACCUUACACAAACACCAUGCCUCAAAUCGGUUGGUAUGGCCUCGGCUCCAUGGGCCUGGCCAUGGCCAGUAACCUCCAAAAGCACCUUGCCAGCAAGAGAGCCCUGAAUUUGAUCUACUCGAAUCGGACAAUGGCUCGCGGAGACCCCCUCAGGGCACUGGGCGGGACCCCGGAGUCGAGUUUCACCAAGCUUGUCGCCCAGUGUGGCAUCAUAUUCACCAUGGUCUCCAACGACGCCGUCCUCCAACAACUCAUCUCCUCAGCCACGGGGUCGGGCAUCUCCCUGCGCGACAAGAUCUUCGUGGACUGUUCGACCGUCCACCCGACCACGGUCGGUCUGACCGUGGCCACGCUCAAGGAGAAAGAGGCGUCGUUCCUGGCGGCGCCCGUCUUCGGCGGCAACCCCAUCGCGGCCGACGGCAAGCUCGUCUUCGCCAUUGGCGGGCCGAAGCGAGCAUCCGAAGCAGUAAAGCCGUUGAUCCAGGACGUGAUGGGACGGAAGGUCAUCGACUGUGGCGAGGAUGCUACGCGAGCCUCGCUGUUGAAGAUCGCUGGCAAUAUUGUCACCGUCAAUAUGAUGGAAGCCGUCGGCGAAGCGCAGGUCUUCGCUGAACGCACGGGCCUGGGAACUGGGCCGAUGGAGGAGCUCAUCGGGGAAGCCUUUGGCCCCGUCGCUGGUGGAUAUUCUAAGAGGUUAACGACGGGCGUGUACGCGCCUCCGCUGGGCUCACGGCCUGGAUUUGGAGUGUCCUUGGCUAUCAAAGAUGCCAAACAUGCUUUUGCGAUGGCCGAGGAGAGCAAGGUUGAGCUCCCGGGCUUGAAAGUGGCUUGUGACAACAUGGAGGCUGCCAGGGAGUAUGCGGGUGAAUGCUUAGAUAGCAGCUCCAUGUAUGGUGUUCUACGGCAGAAGGCGGGAUUGCCAUUCUGGAAUGAGAAGAGCAGGCAGGGCAACUCGUCAUGACCGAACAAACUGCUUCUUCAAUCACUCUGCAUGUACUAAGCCAAUCCCGGGGAUUCCGGCAUUAGGAUGUCUGUGAAUUUGUCAUUUGGAAGAGUGAUACACAUAAUAUCCAACGCCGUUCUAUGACUCAAAAUCAUGAAAUAUGUCAAGCACCGUGUCUUUCGUUUUCAGGACAUGCCUUAAUGCAUUGGCAGCUUUGAGUUGACCAAGUCAAAAGUCGAAAAUCUGGAAGCAAUUAUCCAUGGAUAAGGUGUAUUUUCAGGCGGAUCAUUGCGCAUGACAUGGGUCCAAAUGAGAGAACAAAACGUUAGGCAUGACUGAGGCCACAGAUCACCAAACUUAAAACCAUGGUUAGGUUCACUCAAGUCUACUACCAUUU